CAUGAGCACAUUACCUGAAGUUUAGACACAAGUCUGUCGGAGAAGGAAAGGAGCAGCAUAAAGUGAGAGAGACUGUCAGAGAACAAGUCGAAACGUUGGGACGGUCACUUUUCAAAGUGAAAAGGAAACAGGAGGGGUGUAGAAGAGAGCAGCAGCAUGCAGCCAUGGAUUGGAAUGGGGAGCAUUCCCCAUUGAUGAAUUGCAGCAUUAUCAGUUCUGGGGACCCUCAACAUUCUCAAGAUACUAAAGGUUUAAGUACUGCUCCAUCUUCUUUGGAAUUGAAAUGCCCAUCCAAUAAAAUGACUGAUGAGAUUGCAGCUUCUUAUUGGCCAGGGACUUGGCAGUCAGAGCAGAAAGGAAAUACUGGAAAAACUUCAGAAGAAUCAGAAGUGGAUGUGAGAGACAGAGACACACCAAGAGACAGACAGCGAGACAGGAGGGUGAGAGACUGGGCAUUCAGAGACCAGUGCCCUGACACCUCCAUGCAGUUCGGAACGAGGACGCCGGCAAGUGAGCCCGGGUACAUGGGGGCAUGGCAGAACUGUGAUGCGAAUCUCCUCUUCAGAAUGUCCCAACAGGCCAUCCGAUGUACACUUGUAAAUUGCACAUGUGAAUGUUUCCAGCCUGGGAAGAUUAACCUGAGAACUUGUGACCAGUGUAAACAUGGAUGGGUGGCACAUGCUUUGGACAAGCUCAGCACCCAACACCUGUACCAUCCAACACAAGUGGAGAUUGUACAGUCUAACGUCGUGUUUGACAUCAGCAGUCUCAUGCUGUAUGGUACGCAAGCUGUGCCCGUACGGCUCAAGAUCCUGCUUGACCGGCUAUUCAGUGUGCUGAAACAAGAAGAGGUACUGCACAUUUUGCAUGGCUUGGGAUGGACGUUGCGGGAUUACGUCCGUGGAUAUAUCCUUCAGGAUACUGCAGGCAAAGUCCUUGACCGCUGGGCCAUCAUGUCCAGGGAAGAGGAAAUUAUUACACUUCAGCAGUUUCUAAGGUUUGGAGAGACCAAAUCCAUUGUGGAACUGAUGGCUAUUCAAGAGAAAGAAGGUCAAGCUGUAGCUGUUCCCUCCUCAAAGGCCGAUUCAGACAUAAGGACUUUUAUUGAAAGCAACAAUCGCACCAGGAGCCCAAGUGUACUCUCACACUUGGAGAACAGCAACCCUUCCAGCAUUCACCACUUUGAGAAUAUGCCCAACAGCCUUGCAUUCUUGCUUCCAUUCCAAUAUAUCAAUCCAGUUUCUGCUCCCAUGCUUGGAUUACCUCCUAAUGGCCUCAUGUUAGAACACCCGGGACUAAGGUUGCGUGAGCCUAGCAAUUCCAAUCAAAAUGAAUGUGAAGAGACUAGUGAGUCUGAGGUCUCCCCAAUGCCUUAUAGCAGAAGUGAGCAAACAUCCAGUAGAAACGCCUUGAGUAGCAUCACCAAUGUAGAGCCAAAAACAGAGCCAAGCAAUGCCUCCCCUUCUCAAAAUUCUUCACCUGUCAGUGAAUUAGCUAAAUCUGAACAUGCCAAAAGUUCCUUUAAAAUUCACAGGAUGAGGAGGAUGGGAUCAUCAUCUCGGAAAGGAAGGGUAUUUUGCAAUGCAUGUGGCAAAACAUUUUAUGACAAGGGAACUCUAAAAAUACACUACAAUGCAGUUCAUCUUAAGAUAAAACACAGGUGUACAAUCGAAGGUUGCAAUAUGGUCUUCAGCUCUCUUAGAAGUCGGAAUCGUCACAGUGCAAAUCCCAAUCCAAGGCUUCAUAUGCCAAUGCUUAGGAAUAAUAGAGACAAAGACCUAAUUCGGGCAACAUCAGGAGCUGCUACCCCUGUGAUAGCAAGUACAAAAUCAAACCUAACACUGACAAGCCCUGGUCGACCUCCAAUGGGGUUUUCCACUCCACCUCUGGACCCUCUCUUGCAAAACACGCUUUCCAGCCAACUUGUGUUUCCAUCUUUAAAGACUGUACAACCUGUUCCUCCUUUUUAUAGAAGUUUAUUGAAUUCUGGAGACAUGGUGAGCCCUCCAACAUCACUACCUACUAGUCCAAUAUUGCCAACACCUCUAUCUGUAGAUCAACCUCUUCCCCCUCCACCUUCAGAACUGUCAACAUCUGUCAUGAACAUACCACAACAGGACUCCAGUACCGAUCUUGCGCCUAAAAAGAAGCCACGGAAGUCAAGCAUGCCUGUUAAGAUUGAAAAGGAAGUUAUUGACACAGCUGAUGAAUUUGAUGAAGAAGAUGAAAGCAUUGACCAAGGCCAUUCUAUUAAUGACAUUGGCCAUGACAGUCAUUCCCAAGAUGAAAUGAGUCCUGGACUGUCUGUGAACAGCUACUCAAAAACAAGUAGUGGUAGGUGCAUUUUGAGGACAGAUACCAGAGCAAACAGUAUAACAUCUGAUGACCAGGAGCAUGAGAGAGAUUUUGAAAAUGAGUCAGAAUCUUCUGAGCCAAAGUUUUGCGACGAACCCAUGGAAGAUGACCGUCUUGUCCUUCAUAAGGAAAGCAAUGUCAAGUCUAUGUCGGACAAUGAUAAGUCAUAUGAAAAUCACAUUGAUUGCCACCAACAGGCUGUCAUAAAAGUGAAGGAAGAGUUUACAGACCCUACAUAUGAUAUGUUUUACAUGAGCCACUAUGGACUGUACAAUGGGGGUAGUGCAAGCAUGGCAGCACUUCAUGAAAGCUUAGCUUCCUCCUUGAGCUAUGGAAGCCCUCAAAAGUUCUCGCCAGAGGCGGACCUGUGCUCAAGCCCAGAUCCUAAAAUUUGCUAUGUAUGUAAAAAGAGUUUCAAAAGCUCAUACAGUGUGAAGCUACACUACAGGAAUGUCCAUUUGAAAGAGAUGCAUGUCUGCACAGUAGCCGGUUGCAAUGCUGCUUUCCCUUCUCGAAGAAGUAGAGACAGACACAGUGCCAAUAUUAACCUCCAUCGCAAACUGUUGACCAAAGAACUGGAUGAGAUGGGGCUGGACUCCUCUCAGCCCAACCUUCGUGAUGAGUUCUUGGCAAAGAUCUACGGUGGUCAACACCCCCUGGGUUUUGACAUUAGAGAAGAUACCACCUCACCAGUCGGUACAGAGGAUUCCCAUGUCAACGGCUAUGGACGGAGCCUAGCAGAAGACUACAUGGUCUUAGAUUUAAGUACAACCUCAAGUGUCCAGUCCAGCAGCAGUAUCCAUUCCUCCAGGGAAUCUGAUGUGGGCAGUGAUGAGGGUAUCUUAUUGGAUGACAUUGAUGGGGUCAGUGACAGUGAGGAGUCCUCUCAUAAACCUGAAACUCCUAUUACAGGACAAGGUAGUAGUGACACAAUGGAAUCUUCCGUUUACAACAGCUUUGCAAUGAGCAAUGGUGGCAUAAUGUGCAAUAUUUGCCACAAAAUAUACAGCAACAAAGGUACAUUGCGGGUUCAUUACAAGACAGUUCACUUGCGAGAGAUGCACAAGUGCAAAGUUCUUGGGUGCAACAUGAUGUUCUCCUCCGUACGCAGUCGAAAUCGGCACAGUCAAAACCCUAACCUACAUAAAAACAUUCCUUUCUCUUCAGUGGAAUAGCUUCCAAAUGAACUCUGCAAAUCCCAGGUCAUGCAGACGAUACACCAGAACUGCUCCAUAU